UCCUCCCCCUUCUUUCCCCCCAGGAAAUCAUAACUGAGCAAAACAGGAGAGGGAACUAUAAGGAGUGUAAAAAGACACCUCGGUCCUCUUCCUAACCCCUGGGUUGGAAGAAGACCUCCCCUGCCUGCUUCUCAGCCUGCUCUCUCUCCCAGGACUAACAGGCCACGCGCACCAGGGGCUCCCCUCUCCCUGGAGGUCCAGGGCCAUGAGAGCCGUGGGACUCAGCACCAUGCUGGCCUCGGGCAGUGGCCCCGAGCAGAGGACCAGGCUUGUCCUGCAGUGGAGGCAGAUCUCCUGGAUCACCUGCUGGAUCACCCUGUAUGCUGUGGAGGCCCUUCCCCCCUGUCCUUUCUCCUGUAAGUGCGACAGUCGCAGCCUGGAGGUGGACUGCAGUGGCCUAGGACUCACCACGGUGCCCCCAGACUUGCCCGCUGCCACCCGAACCCUCUUGCUCUUGAACAAUAAGCUGAGUGCCCUGCCGAGCUGGGCUUUUGCCAACCUGUCCAGCCUGCAACGGUUGGACCUGUCCAACAAUUUCCUGGACCAGCUGCCCAGCUCCAUUUUUGGGGACUUGACGAAUCUGACCGAGCUGCAGCUGCGCAAUAACAGCAUCAGGACCCUGGACAGGGACCUGCUACAGCACUCACCCCUGCUCCGCCACCUGGACCUGUCCAUCAACGGCCUGGCCCAGCUGCCCCCUGGCCUUUUCGAUGGACUUCCGGCCCUGCGCUCCCUCUCGCUUCGCUCCAACCGCUUGCAAAACCUGGACCGGCUGACCUUUGAACCCCUUGUGAGCCUGCAGCUGUUGCAGGUUGGGGAUAACCCCUGGGAGUGUGACUGUAACCUGCGUGAGUUCAAGCACUGGAUGGAGUGGUUUUCCUACCGAGGGGGGCGCUUGGACCAGCUUGCCUGCACCCUACCCAAGGAGCUGAGGGGGAAGGACAUGCGCAUGGUCCCCAUGGAAAUGUUCAACUACUGCUCCCAGCUGGAGGAUCAGAAUAGCUCAGCUGGGCUGGAUGUUCCUGGACCACCCUGCACCAAGGCCAGCCUAGAACCUGCUAAGCCCAAGCCAGGGGCUGAGCCCGAGCCAGAGCCCAGCACAGCCUGUCCCCAAAAGCAGAGGUACCGGCCAGUUAGUGUGCGGCGAGCCAUCGGCACGGUGAUCAUCGCUGGGGUUGUCUGUGGCAUAGUCUGCAUCAUGAUGGUGGUGGCCGCUGCCUAUGGCUGCAUCUAUGCCUCCCUCAUGGCCAAGUACCACCGGGAGCUCAAGAAGCGCCAGCCUCUGAUGGGGGACCCAGAGGGUGAGCAUGAAGAACAGAAGCAGAUUUCUUCUGUGGCAUGAGAACCCUCCCCCAUGUGGCCCAGGUAGGAGGGUCAGGGAGAACACACUGGGGAUUGCUCCAGCAAGGGCUGCCCCUUCCCUCCAUCACAGUCCCUAACUCGGUCUGACACUUGCCACUACUAGUUCCACGCCCCACUCAGCCCGCCAGAAAGCAAGCCACAGUACGGCUGUCUCCGUGAACCAAAUGCUCCUCCAAGUCUCCCUGGAAGCUACCAUUGUGCUGAAGGCCCCUGCUGUUGCCCCUCUCGGGGCCACCAAUUCUUUGGAACAUCUGGGGGAUCUCCCAAAGCUUCUGAGCACGGGGAAGGAAGGAUGUGUGUGCAAGAGGAGGCCUCUGGACUGAGCCUUCCCAUGUCAUCCUCCCUGCCCUGGGUGUAGUCACAGUAAGGUGACUGUCCCUACCUCUUGCUCAUCCCUACCUCAUCUGCAUUUCGGGGGUAGAGGGGAAAGUGAUAUGGGGGCCAGGAGACUUCUGUGACACUCUUCUAAGCCAGAAAGAUAUCCUCAGUUUCUUACAGUGUGAAAGUACCAGCUUUCCAUUGCUAGUACUAAGUACAAACACACCAACCCUGUUAUCUGGACCCAGCACUUAGAAACACAAUGCUGUGAUUAGACAUACUCCAUUGGCUGAUGCCAUAUAACCCCAUAUCUGCUAUAGACCACACGGAUGCUGGACUCACUAAGUCACUCUCAUACUAACUCCUAGCAUCACCAGCAUAAUCACAUGCAUAGAAAAAUGCACACACCCAUACACACUCGUGAGUGCACACGUGCCCAUGCACGUGCACACAUGGAAGCAGAGGCUGUGGGUACUUUGGUUAGUGGAGACACGUUUUCCCCUAUGCAUCUCUAGCCCUUAGAUACCAUAGAACCUCUAGCUUACUGUAAUCUUCUCAACGGGGAGGAAACCCAAACCAAUAACACAAGGAUUCCUUUGAGAUGCUCUAAAGUGGGCCAGGGUGGUGCUGCUGGAGAGACUGCCCAUCACCAUGGUAACCCACUCACACCUAUCCUGCUGGGUUUUCCAGGGACACCGGCCCAGAGGCCUUGCGGCUGCAGCAUAUGUGGACAGCAGCCUCCCUCCUGUGAGCCAACCACAUCCCACUAGGUGUUUCUUCAGUGCUGCCUAAGUACACCAUCACUGCCAGGCCCCGUGGGAACACCCACCAAUCCCACUCUGAUAGCCUGCAGCCUGAGAACCACUGCUCUGUCUCUCUCACCCCCUUCAUCUUCAGCAUCUUUGGACCUGUGACUUCGGGCUGAACGGGAGAACCCUGGGCUUAAGCCAAGUUCUGUGGUUGGUGGCACUCUUUUGGGGAAGCAGGUGGCAGGCAGAGAGCAUGGUGACCCAAGCUGAGGCUCACUGCCUGUCAACAUAUCCCAAACAGACGCUAGGUGCAGGGAAAGGACUACCACAUUUUGUUUGCAGGCUGAAGUCGUGGGGUUUCCUUUCCCAAGUACAGAAGACCUGGAAGAGUGUCUUGGGGAUGAAGGUUUUGUCUGCGUAGUCUGGCUCCCAAACCUUUGAAUUGCACCUGGACUGGGGUCCAAACCAGGGAGUGGGCCAGAGGGUCCUAUCUGUACUUUCCCUCCCACCCAUACCCAAGGGACAGAGAUACUUGCUUACAGAGCUGAGGAGGCAGGAGGGCGAGAACAGGGCUAUGCAGGGUUUUCGGCCACACGGGGCAGG